UCUCCCAUUCUCCCUCCCUCUCCCCUCUCCCUCUCCCUCUGGCUCCUCGUUCUCUCCAUCUGCCUGGCUCCUUGGGACCCGAUCCCCAGCCUGAGGAUGGCGUCCUCUCUGCUUGAGGAAGAAGCUCACUAUGGCUCCAGUCCCCUGGCCAUGCUGACGGCGGCUUGCAGUAAGUUUGGUGGCUCCAGCCCUCUGCGGGACUCAACGGCCCUGGGAAAAGGAAGCACAAAGAAGCCAUACUCCGACCUUUCAGCUCCCAAAGCCAUGGGGGAUGCCUACCCAGCUCCCUUUGCCGGCACCAACGGCCUCCUCUCCCCGGCAGGCAGCCCUCCAGCCUCAGCCUCUGGCUAUGCCAAUGACUACCCACCCUUUCCUCACUCAUUUCCUGGGCCCACUGGCGCCCAGGACCCUGGGUUACUGGUACCCAAGGGGCACGGCUCUUCCGACUGCCUGCCUAGUGUCUACACCUCUCUGGACAUGGCGCAUCCCUAUGGCUCCUGGUACAAGGCAGGCAUCCAUGCAGGCAUCUCACCAGGUCCAGGCAACACACCUACUCCUUGGUGGGACAUGCACCCGGGGGGUAACUGGCUAGGUGGAGGGCAGGGCCAGGGUGAUGGGCUGCAAGGGACACUGUCCGCAGGCCCUACUCAGCCGCCACUGAACCCCCAGCUGCCUACUUACCCAUCUGACUUUGCCCCGCUUAAUCCGGCACCCUACCCGGCGCCCCACCUCCUGCAACCAGGGCCCCAGCAUGUCCUACCCCAAGAUGUCUACAAGCCCAAGGCAGUUGGCAAUAGCGGGCAGCUGGAGGGAAGUGGUGCAGGCAAGCCUCCCCGGGGUGCAGGCACCGGGGGCAGCGGUGGGUAUGCCGGCAGUGGGGCAGGGCGGUCCACUUGCGACUGCCCCAAUUGUCAGGAGCUAGAGCGGCUGGGGGCAGCAGCGGCUGGGCUGCGGAAGAAGCCCAUUCACAGCUGCCACAUCCCUGGUUGCGGCAAGGUGUACGGCAAGGCUUCACAUCUGAAAGCACACUUGCGCUGGCACACUGGCGAGAGGCCUUUCGUCUGCAACUGGCUUUUCUGCGGCAAGAGGUUCACCCGCUCCGACGAGCUGGAGCGCCAUGUGCGCACUCACACCCGGGAGAAGAAGUUCACCUGCCUGCUCUGCUCCAAGCGCUUUACCAGGAGCGAUCACUUGAGCAAACAUCAGCGCACCCACGGGGAACCAGGCCCGGGGCCGCCCCCAAGUGGCCCUAAGGAGCUGGGGGAGGGCCGUAGCGUCGGUGAAGAAGAAGCCAGUCAGCCUCCCCGAUCUUCCAACUCGCCUGCACCCCCAGAAAAAGCCCCCGGAGGCAGCCCGGAGCAGAGCAACCUGCUGGAGAUCUGAGCUGGGUAGAGGAAGGUCUCCAGCUCCAGAGUCCUCUUGCCAGGUUCUCUUGGUGUGGGGGACCACCGCUGCCCCUCGCCCUUUCCUAUGCAUGCUGUACUUUGGGGCUCUCUGCCUUCCCCUAGACCUUCCUAGCCUGGUUGUCUCCUUAGCUCGCUUCCCUUUGCCGCGAGUCUUAGGCAAACUCCUCUCAAGCCCUUGCCUGUGUCUAGUCCUGUGCUCUGGCUUCCUGAACUUGUCCCUCCCUGCCCCGCUCACAGCUUCUCUUACUUCCCUCCUGUUUCCCAACCCUAUUUGCCACUCCCCCCCCCCGCCCCCCGCAGCUUCAGGCUGUUCCAGACUUCCCCUGGGCUUUCCAGUCCCCUGAGCCUUUUUUUUUUAAACGAACACAAUGAUGAUGAUGAUAAUUUAUUGCCCCCUGGUGGUUCUUCAUUAGGAAGCCGAGUUAGGGAGAUUGGCGUUAGUAACCUGGCUGGGAGCAGAGUGCCGAAGAGGGGCAGACCAAGGGGGAUCUGAUCCCAAAGAUGGGGUGACCCCAGGGUCAGGGAGGCUGCCCCCAGCCUUGAGUACUUACCCCCUAUGCACCCAGGAGUAAAGAAUAGUAAUAAUAAUAAUUCUAUUUAUCUAAGUUAUGAUGACGGGUCAGGUAGAGUGAGCUGGGAAGGGGAUCCUUUUUUUUUUUGCUAAGGAAAUUCUAGUCAAAUGCAUCUCUGUAUAGACAAAACGAUAGUGGAGAUCUUGUUCAUAGAUCUCUAUCAUUGAGGUCUCAGUGUGGUUUCUUUUUCAGUGGAGUUUUUAAAAUUGGGUUGUUUGAGUUUAUGUGGGUGUCCCUCAGUAAGGUCACUAAGAUCCCCAGCCCCCGCCAGAAGCUGUGAAACUCCAAGUCCUACGAAGGGGAGGACUGGACUGUACCCCAGCUCUCUUGACCUCAGGGCAGGUUCUUCCACUAACCCUCUCCUCAUCCCCUGUGACCUCAUCAGGCUCGUCCCCUGUUGUCAUGGUUGUGGAGAACUUGCAGCUGCCAUGUUAAAGAUGCCCUUUGGGGGACUUUGGUUUGGAGGCGCCCCUUCUGAGAAACAGGUGGGGAAAGGCUUUCUCUGGGAUCAAAUCCAAGUACAUCAAGUAUUUAUUGAACGCCUACUAUGUGCAAGGCCUGGUGCCUAGAAGCCAUGAGAAAGAAUUUAUAGCAGGGCAGAGGUCCCUAAUCGGAUUUGGGGGUACAUCCACAGGCCCCCAGUCUAGGAGUUUCCACUCCAUUCCAAUGACUUUUAAAAGCCGCUCGUGCCUUUGAAUGCCUUUCCUGAGACUAUUGGAUCUUCCUGUUCUGUCCCCUGCUCCCUCUAGGCCCCGAGACAAAAAGGGUGAAGCCAGUGGAGUCUGGGGGGAGCAUCAUAACGUCGCUGAAAGGACCAUCCCCUUGUGGAGUCUUUCUUUUUUUUUUUUAAUUUAAUAAAUAAAAGUUGGAUUUGAAA